ACUGGUUGACUCCCACAUUAGGAAGGCGUGGUUGGGGCUUUCCUUUCACCAUUAUGCUAACAUCAGUGAAAUGCUGGUGAAUUCACAUAUUUCCAUGCUUUUUAUGUGUCAGGGUUACCACUGACCAUCCUGAACUUUAACUUUGUCAAGUAGAUUGCUUUUUACUGGAUGUGACUCUUUAAAAGCCUCAUUGAUUUCUCAAAGGAUUCUAAUUGUCUUUAUUUUCUGUAAUACAGUAAGUCAAAAGCACAUCACUCUACUGCUCAGCUUUACACAUUUCAAAAACCUUGAAACUGCUAUUGAUUGUAAGCUGAAUGAACUAGUACAUCCUUGAAGUUUCAAUAAAGCACUGGGAGUCAGAUUUAUCAGGUAGAUGUGCAGUAGUACAGAACAAAGGGUUGUUGCUGAAAAGAACAGUGCAGAUCUGUGCACUGUUCUGUGGAUUUUAACUGUAUGCACAGAGUAAUUCGAAGCACUAAAGCAGUUUUAUUCCUCCACCACAUUGGAUCAGGUAGACAAGGUUUUACUCUUGUCUACCUGCCUGCCAGCUUCAUAUUCACCAUCCUUUUUCUAAUAUAUCCAUUAUCCCUCCUCUGCACAUGUUCAAACCAUGUCAGCCUUGCCUCACUUUAUCUUCAACUCACUCAAGCUGAGCUUUUCCUCUGAUGUUCUCAUUUGUAAUCCUGUCCCAAUGAAAAUCUAAGCAUUUUCAGCUCUCCACUCCUGACUUCAUCAUGCAGUACCACAGUUCCUCCUUUGGCACCCUAUCAUAUGUUUUCUAUAGAUCCACAAAGAAGCACAGUUGAAAAAAUCAACUACAUUCUUUGCCAGACAUCCCCAAAGCUCCACAAGUAUGUCAUAUGAACCCACUGCCACUCUUCAGUGUGUUCAUAGCUGUCCAUACUUCCUCCUUACUAAUUCUCUGCUGCUCAUCCUUUCCGGCAUGAUCUUUCUGUCCAGCCAAUCGAUAUAGUGUUUUUGUUUUUCCUUAGUGACCAGCCUUGUGUAUGAGUCACUGUAAUAGUUUGCCUUUGGCACUUCUUUCUUUUUGCCAUAUGCCUAGCCUCCCACUACUCCUCCCCACUUUCUUCAUCACACGAAUGAUUCCACUCUUUCUUUGCCAACAUCUUUUGAAUAUUUUCUUCUCCUAAUGGCAUCACCAUCUCCUCUUUACUCCAUCCAGAGGAUACAGUAAGUACCUUCUUGGCAGUUUCCCUCACCACUUCCCUUCUGCUUUCCCAGUCACUGGGUAAGUCUUUACAUGUUACAUGUUACUCUGUCACUGGUGACAUCAGCUGAGAUGAAGAUCUCUGAGAGUGAAAGUCAGAACCAACUUCUUGCCUUUCCAACAGAAACAUGGAACGAGUGGAUGCCUGGCUGUUGGGGGCAGGAUCCCAGGCAUCUCACAGAGGUCUCCAUGGUCCUCUGACGCAACAUCGUGAAUAGUGAGUCUUCAUUUGGGUCCUUUCUGCUCCAUCCCAUAUUUACUGCUGGGCAUCAACCUCUGCUCUUCCAGGUACCAGGUGCCUGGGAGCGACUCAUCAGAAAGGAAAGGAUAACUACAAGCUGGCAGCAACGUCAGAAAAUGGAGGACAGAAAAGCAAGAAGGCUAGAAAGAAGAAGGACAUGGAUGAGCUGAAGAAAGAAGUGGACCUGGAUGAUCACAGGUUAACCUUGGAAGAACUUAUCAGGAAAUAUGGAACUGACCUAACCAGGGGUCUCUCCUCCUCCAGAGCAACAGAGAUCCUGGCCCGAGAUGGCCCCAACGCCCUCACACCUCCUCCUACGACACCUGAAUGGGUCAAGUUCUGCAAACAGCUGUUUGGUGGUUUCUCCAUGCUGCUGUGGAUUGGUGCCAUCCUCUGCUUCUUGGCUUAUGGUAUCCAGGCUGCCUCAGAAGAUGAACCUGCAAAUGAUAACUUGUACCUAGGUAUUGUGCUUUCUGCUGUCGUCAUCAUCACCGGUUGCUUCUCCUACUACCAAGAGGCCAAGAGCUCCAAGAUCAUGGAGUCCUUCAAGAACUUGGUCCCACAGCAAGCCCUGGUUAUCCGUGAUGGCGAGAAGAAGAGCAUCAAUGCUGAGGAUGUAGUGCUCGGAGAUUUAGUGGAGGUGAAAGGAGGAGAUCGAAUUCCUGCUGAUCUCAGAGUUGUCUCUGCUCACGGCUGCAAGGUGGACAACUCCUCCCUGACUGGUGAAUCAGAGCCUCAGACUCGAUCUCCAGAAUUCUCCCAUGAAAACCCACUGGAAACCAGGAACAUUACUUUCUUCUCCACCAACUGUGUUGAAGGCACAGCCAGAGGAAUCGUCAUCAACACUGGUGAUAAUACCGUCAUGGGCCGCAUCGCCACCCUGGCUUCCAGUCUAGAGGGCGGAAAAACUCCCAUUGCCAUUGAGAUCGAGCAUUUCAUCCACAUCAUCACUGGAGUGGCCGUGUUCUUGGGAGUAACUUUCUUCAUCCUUUCUCUCAUCCUUGGAUAUAACUGGCUGGAGGCUGUCAUCUUCCUUAUUGGUAUCAUCGUCGCCAACGUGCCAGAAGGUCUUUUGGCUACUGUCACUGUGUGUCUGACUCUGACUGCUAAGCGUAUGGCCAAGAAGAACUGCCUGGUGAAGAACUUGGAAGCUGUCGAGACUCUGGGCUCCACCUCCACCAUCUGUUCUGACAAGACCGGCACCCUGACCCAGAACAGAAUGACCGUGGCUCACAUGUGGUUUGACAACCAGAUCCAUGAGGCCGACACCACUGAGAACCAGAGCGGUACCUCUUUUGACAGGAGCUCUGCCACCUGGGCUAAUCUGUCCAGAAUCGCCGGACUCUGCAACCGUGCCGUUUUCCUGGCUGACCAGAGCAACGUUCCCAUUCUGAAGAGACAUGUGGCUGGUGAUGCCUCAGAAGCUGCCUUGCUAAAGUGUAUUGAGCUGUGCUGUGGAUCUGUUAAUGAAAUGAGAGAAAAAUACUCCAAAAUUGCUGAGAUCCCCUUCAAUUCCACAAACAAAUACCAGCUCUCCAUCCAUAAGAACAGCACACCUGGGGAAACCAAGCAUCUGCUGGUGAUGAAAGGAGCUCCAGAGAGGAUUUUGGACCGCUGUUCCUCCAUUUUACUUCAGGGCAAAGAGCAGGCUCUGGAUGAUGAGAUGAAAGACUCUUUCAAUAACGCCUAUGUUGAGUUGGGAGGUCUUGGAGAGAGAGUACUGGGUUUCUGCCACUGUCACCUGCCUGAUGACCAGUUCCCAGAGGGAUUUGCUUUUGAUACUGAUGAAGUGAACUUCCCCACUGAGAACCUGUGCUUCGUCGGACUCAUGGCCAUGAUUGACCCUCCUCGUGCUGCUGUGCCUGAUGCUGUUGGUAAAUGCAGGAGUGCUGGAAUCAAGGUCAUCAUGGUCACAGGUGACCAUCCAAUUACAGCCAAGGCUAUUGCUAAAGGUGUGGGUAUCAUCUCAGAAGGCAAUGAGACUGUUGAAGACAUUGCUGCCCGCUUAAAUAUUCCAGUUUCAGAGGUCAACCCUAGGGAUGCUAAGGCCUGUGUUGUCCAUGGUGGUGAGCUUAAAGACAUGACCCCAGAACACCUUGAUGAUUUGCUGAAGCACCACACUGAAAUUGUAUUUGCCAGGACCUCCCCUCAACAGAAACUGAUCAUUGUGGAAGGAUGCCAGAGACAGGGAGCCAUUGUGGCCGUGACAGGUGAUGGUGUGAAUGACUCUCCAGCUCUGAAGAAAGCUGACAUCGGUGUUGCCAUGGGCAUUGCUGGAUCUGAUGUCUCCAAACAGGCUGCUGACAUGAUCCUGCUGGACGAUAACUUUGCCUCCAUUGUCACUGGAGUGGAAGAAGGCCGUCUGAUCUUUGACAACUUGAAGAAGUCCAUCGCCUACACUCUGACCAGUAACAUCCCCGAGAUCUCACCCUUCCUCCUCUUCAUCAUCGCCAACAUCCCUCUGCCCCUGGGAACCGUCACCAUCCUCUGUAUUGAUCUGGGAACUGACAUGGUCCCUGCCAUCUCCCUGGCUUAUGAGAAAGCUGAGAGCGACAUCAUGAAGAGACAGCCCAGAAACCCCAGAACAGACAAGCUAGUGAAUGAAAGGCUCAUCAGUAUAUCCUAUGGACAGAUUGGUAUGAUGCAGGCCACAGCUGGCUUCUUCACAUAUUUUGUCAUCCUGGCUGAAAAUGGUUUCCUCCCCAUGGACCUGAUAGGACUCAGAGUGCUGUGGGAUGACAAAUAUCUAAAUGACCUGGAAGACAGUUAUGGACAGGAAUGGACAUAUGAGCGCAGAAAGAUUGUAGAGUUCACCUGCCACACAGCUUUCUUCACAAGCAUUGUAAUCGUCCAGUGGGCUGAUCUAAUCAUCUGUAAGACCAGGAGGAACUCCAUUUUGAAGCAAGGAAUGACGAACCGCAUCCUUAUCUUUGGGCUCGUUGAGGAGACUGCACUGGCUGCCUUUCUGUCAUACUGCCCGGGCAUGGAUGUUGCCCUAAGAAUGUACCCUAUGAAGCCAUUGUGGUGGUUCUGUGCCUUCCCUUACUCCCUCGUCAUCUUCCUUUAUGAUGAAGUCAGAAGAUAUAUCCUCAGACGAAACCCAGGAGGUUGGGUGGAGCUAGAGACAUACUACUGAGCCAGCGCCAUGCAUGGGACACAGGAGUAUGUUAUGCUACACAUAUGCUACACCUAUGUUUGAGAUGUUAGACCACUAACACCACAAGUCAUAGUCAAAAUAUAUUAAUGUAUGUGUGGCGCUUUCAAUAAAACAUAAAUACUGUGCACUGA